GGGGGCUGGCAAUCUUGCACUUCGCCAUAUCCGCGCCGAGGAAGGAGCCUCUGGCGCGUGCAGACAGCCCGCCCUCAACUUGACAUUGACGUCCACAAUCGACACACCAGGAUGUCGCCAACGCCAGCAGAGAGGGACGGCCGCCAGGCUGCGGUGGGGAGGAGGACAUCGACAAGAUUGGUUCUCCGUAGCCAGUCAGCGCAAUACCGCAACCUUGACGACAGCUCCGACGAUGAAGUACUCAGUCCUAUGAAGCUGAGCGCCAUCACCAAGGCAUUGCUUGGUGCUGGUCACGUCUCAGAUGCGUCGUCUUCCACCAACGUUCCGGCCACUGGUGCUCGCCAUUCGCCCGAAUCACUGGGGAGCUCGAUUCCUGCACCAGUCCGGGCAACCACGGGGGGGGACCAGGAGUCCUCGUGGAAGCGGACCCGCGAUUCCAACAACGCGCCUGCCUCUCAGCCCCCGACACCACCCAGUGGGUCACACUCACGCAUUGGUUCGAGAAGAGGCUCGAUCCCCGCCCCUGUUCAGCCUGCAUCCAGGGACCAGGAGUCUCCCGUGCAAGCGGCGCGCGUGACUCGCCAUUCUCGAAGGGGCAGCACCCACUCUUCCAGAAACCCGUCGCCGGUCGGCAGCAGAGACAACAGUCCCGCCCCAAGGAAACGUGUUGUCCGCCUCAACGCGCCGAGUUCGGCCAAUGGCGCAAGCGGGAGCCGCCGGAAUAGUCUUCGAAAUUCUUUUUCGUCGUCCAGCCGGGGGAAGCAACCAGAGAGCGCAGACGGGUCGAGGGCCAAAACGGCUUCGUCCCCGGCGGCGCAGCAAGAUCGACCAGCCAAGACUCCGGUUCUUCCAGUGAGGACAGUCAGGAUAGCCGUCGGGUCGUCGGGGCAGAAACCGCCGUCAGGUGCCUCGUCUGAUGCACGUCCCAAGUACACCACACGGUCCUCGGAAGUCGAGGGCCGGAAUGCCUCCGCAGCGGCCAUUGCGCCACCUAUUGUGGCUCCCCAGGCCUCCUUGCGAGUCAAGCGAGUCGGGAGGACUCCAGGAAGCUUUUUGUCGGGACCUGCUCGCCGCGGGCGCCGGAGGCAGAGCGAGGAUGACGCUGAUGGCCCGUUUGAGGCCGAUGCACCUGGCUCGGGCAACGAACCAGGUAGCCAGCAAGCUCGGGAGGAGCAGCAGCAGGAGGAGGAGGUCGCGCCAUCAGCCGCUUCUGAAUAUCCCGAUUUCGCCGCUUCUGGCAGUCCUGUUAGCGCAAAAGACUCGGCCAGAGCCGCCCUUCGUAGGCACAGGUCGACCUUUAUCACGCCCGUGAGCCAGAGGAAACCGGAACACCAUCAUCUGCCGUUGGCCUUCCAAGACCCGUCCCCUCCCGCGCCCGAUUCUGCCGAACAGGACAAGGAAAACGAGGGCCCCUCCGAGAUCGCGCCCGUGAUUCCUGCCUCUAUGCGGGCGGCUAAUCCUCCGCCCUCGGCGAUAAAUCAGCGAGCACCGUCGCAGUCCGUCGCGCCUAGCAACCCGGAGGCCGUCGAGCCUCACGGCCAAGCUCAUGGCGCUCCAAAUAACCAUGUUCUGACUGCGAGGUCUCACAACAUUCCCCAGAGACCCGCCCCGCCACCUCCACCAAAGAUGUCGGUUGUCGAAACGGCCACUGCUGCUGCGGGCGCUUCCACCGCCGCGCAAGCCAGCAAGAAGAGGCAGUUCUUGCUUCGUGUCAACGGCAAGACGUACACGAGGAUCGACUCCCUUGGUCGCGGCGGGUCCGGUAAGGUCUACCGCGUCUCGGCCGAAAACGGAAAGCUGCUGGCCCUGAAGCGAGUGUCUCUCGAGAACCUGGACGAGAGGACCAUCAAGGGCUACCACGGCGAAAUCGACUUGUUGCAGCGGUUGGCGGGAGUCAACCGAGUCAUCCAACUAAUCGACCAUGAAUUCAACGCCGAGAAGCAAACCCUGAGCCUUGUGCUGGAAGCUGGCGAGCUUGAUUUUAACACUUUCCUCCGCAGCCGCCUAUCGGAGGAUUGCCGGUUCGACCCGGUUUUUGUCCGGUACUGGUGGAAGGAAAUGGUCGAGUGUGUGCAGGCAGUGCAUGAGAAGGAUAUCAUCCACACAGACCUGAAACCGGCCAACUUCGUGCUUGCCCAAGGCCGACUCAAGGUCAUUGACUUUGGCAUCGCUAACGCCAUCCAAACCGAUAUGACGGUUAAUGUUCACCGCGACGCCCAGAUCGGCACCCCGAACUACAUGUCUCCGGAGUCGUUGAUGGAUUUCAAAGAGUACGCUCUCACCUCGGCCUACAAUGGGCAGGUCAACGCGCCACCGUUGCAGCGGCCCAAACACUUCAAACUCGGCAAGGCCAGCGACAUAUGGAGUCUCGGCUGCAUCCUGUACCAGAUGGUGUACGGGCAAUGCCCCUUCGCAAAGAUCACCAACAUGAUGGCCCGCGUGAACGCGAUCAAAGACUGGUCACACACAAUCGAGUUCCCCGAGCACACGGAGCACGGCGUCCGGGUGCCGCCGAGCCUCCUCCGCACCAUGAAGCGCUGCCUCAACCGCGAUCAGACGCAGCGGCCGACAUGCGAGGAGCUGCUCUGCCCAACCGAUCCUUUCCUCUAUCCGAUGGAACUGUCGAGCGAUGUCUUUACCGCUGCCGACCACGGCAAGGUGAUCCCGAUCACCCAGGAACUGUUGCGCGACGUGGUCUGGGACGUGGCGCAGCGUGUUCGGCGCGGAGACGCCGCGGAUGCCGAGGUGUUGAAGCUGUGGCCGGCAGCGUAUUGGGCUAGUUGCAAGAAAUCGCUGGCCAUGCGGAGCGGGGCCGGACCAGGUGGAGCUGCUGCCAGUGGCAAUGGUGCAGGUGCUGAGAAACAGCAUUAACUACAGGGAUUGGAUUGGAUUGGAUUGGGAAAGGAAAAGCGACGCUGAUUGUACGAUUUUCUUCGGAUGAUGACGAGAACUGUUUUGAUGUUCAAGACCCCACACUGUUCGCAUUCUUAUAUACCCGGGGCUGGCUGGAAAGGAACUUUGUUCUCUUUUGUUGUUUGAAGAUUUUGGGUGGCUUGCAAGCUAGGAGUUUCGGGGUUGACGAGCUUAGAGCUUUUUGGACACUGAGGCCUCCGCACGAUGAAGCAAAGCAACUGCUGCGAGGCGUUUAGCAGAUAUGUAUUCACUUUAAUAAUUUGGGUUUGGCUAUGCGCUCUAAUAAAGAACUUGUGGCCUUCUCCACUGCAGAGGUAGCUAAGUUUCAAUGCCUCCGUUGUUGAUCUUGAUAGAUUUCGCAGCCCUGAGAUACA